AUGAAUCUAUGGACGUCCGACGACAACCCAUCGGUUAUAGAGUCUUUCAUGAGCUCGGAUCUCUCGUUCCGGCCCACGCCUCCUCCCCCUCCUCCUCAGGCUCAGCAACUGCAACCUCAAUCCUCCACUUCCAUGUCAGCCGACCCCACAAAGGCCCUCCCGCAAUCCCAGCCCUCCGUGGCGCUCUUCAACAAGGAGACCCUCCAGCAGCACCUCCAAGCGCUCAUCGAGGGUGCUCGUGAGACCUGGACCUACGCCAUCUUCUGGCAGUCCUCUUACGACUAUUCCGGCGCAUCCAUCUUGGACUGGGGCGACGGCUACUACAAGGAUGCCGAUGACGAUGACAAGUCAAAAGGCAAGGCCAAGACGACGUCGUCUGCGGCAGAGCAAGAACACCACAAUAAGGUGCUCCGCGAGCUCAAUUCUCUGAUCUCAGACUCCGCCGCAUCCGCCGCGACGAUUCUGUCAACAAAGAGGUCACCGACACCGAAUGGUUCUUCCUUCGUCAACGGCGGCGGCCUUGCGGGCCAGGCUUUUUCCAAUUCGAAUCUAGUCUGGGUAGCUGGAGCGGACCGCCUGAUCGACUCGCCGUGCAAACGUGCCCGUCAAGGGCAAGUAUUCGGGCUCCAGACCAUGGUGUGCAUACCCUCGGUAAAUGGCGUCGUGGAGUUGGGCACCAAGUAG